AUGGACGCCAAUACCUCCACUUUCUCUCCCCUGCAGAGUUUGAAUCACAUCAAACUGGCCGAUCCAGCGUCUCAGGAUCGCUCUCAGCUCUAUCUGGCUCUGCUGGGUGUUCUGGCUGCCGUCUAUCUCAUCCAGAACUGGAUUGCUUCUACCAAGGUCUUCAAGGCACCCUUUGUCGGUUUCCGAUCUAAAUGGGAGCCCAAAUGGCUGGUCGGACUUCGAUUCUCCCAGGGCGCUUUUGCCCAGGUCAAUGAGGGCUAUCAAAAGUUCAAAACCGGCAUGUUCAAGAUUGCUCGCAACGACUCUGAUAUUCUCGUCAUUCCCAACAAGUAUGUCGAGGAGCUGCGCUCUAUGCCCGAUGCAAAGAUCAGUGCCAUCCAGGCUCACAUCAAGAACCUUCUCGGAAAAUACUCCACCACGCUGAUUCUGCUGGAAAGUGACUUGCACACUCGCAUGCUGCAGACCAAGCUUACCCCCAACUUGGGCUCCUUUGUCGGUGUCAUCGAGUCUGAACUCACCUUUGCCAUGGACAAGGAGAUCCCCAAGGAUCUGGAUGUCUGGAAGAAUGUCUCUCUCUACCAUAUUGUGCUCCGCAUUGUCUCUCGCAUCUCCGCCCGUGUCUUCCUGGGCAACCCUGCCUGCCGCAAUGAGGAAUGGCUCGACACUUCGAUCCACUACACCGAGAACGUUUUUGGCACUGUCAUGCUCCUCCGUCGUCUACCCAAGUUCCUGCACCCCAUCGUCGCUCAUUGCCUUCCCAGCUACUGGCGUCUCCACUCCAACCUGCGCACCGCCAAGCGUAUCAUCAGCCCCAUGGUCAACCAGCGCCGCGCCGACCAGGCAAAGAACGACCCCAGCUACGAGAAGCCCAACGACCUGCUGCAGUGGAUGAUGGACGCUGCCAACGAGAAUGAUGGCCAGCCCGAUAAGCUGGCCCACCGCCAGCUGCUCCUCAGUUUGGCUUCCAUCCACACCACCACCAUGUCCGCUGCCCACGCCAUGUACGAUCUCUGUGCUCACCCGGAAUACUUUGAGCCCCUGCGCCAGGAAGCCUAUGACGUGCUCCGUGAAGAUGGUGGCUGGAAGAAGACUACCCUGAACAAGAUGCGCAAAUUGGACAGCUUCCUCAAGGAGAGCCAGCGAGUCAACCCCCCCAGUCUGUUGGCCUUCAACCGCAUUGUUUCCAAGGAUCUGACCCUCUCCGAUGGCACGGUUCUUCCCAAGGGCACCCACUUUGGCAUGCCCGCCGCCGCGAUCCUCCAAGACAACGAGAACGAGCCCAACGCCGACCAAUUCGACGGUUUCCGCUACUACAAGAAGCGUCUCAACCCUGAGGAGGCCAACAAGCACCAGUUCGCCAUGACCGACAACAACAGUCUCCACUUUGGCCACGGAAAAUACUCGUGCCCGGGCCGGUUCUUCGCCUCCAACGAGAUCAAGAUCAUCAUGGCCCACCUGCUGAUGGACUACGAGUUCCAGUACCCAGAGGGCGCGACCCGACCCAGAAAUCUGACGGCGGACGAGAAUCUCUACCCGGAUCCAUCUGCACGUCUGCUCAUGCGGAGAAGAGUGGCGGAGCCGAACACGCAUGCGGUGGAUUUGGAGACCGCUGCUGCUGCACCCACUCCAGCUGCCGUCUCGGCAUAA